UUAACAAAUGACGACGGGGAUUUGAAUAGUCCGGCCGGUUCGGCGCGAGCCAGUGGCUCAAGCUCUAGUCAAAUGAGUGGAGCAGCAUGUACGAGGGCUUAUUCUUUGACUGGAAGAACGGUUGCGCAUGAUGAAACAAGCUCAGCACGUAUGAGAAGCAGGAUUGAGAAGAAAAGGAGCUAUACGACAUCAAUUCUGGUCUCACCGCAUCCCGACCGAAAGCUACUUCUGCCACAGAAACAGCGUUCCAUGGAGGAAAGGAAGCCGAUAAGCAUUUGUUCCGGUGAUGUUACUGUCGAUGUCGCAAAGGAUCAAUUCUACUUGCCAAGCAUAAGUGAUGAUUGUGUGCGUGCCUCGGCAGACCGAGAAGAACUGCUGAUUGACCUGUUUCACCGACUGAAUGCUACUGGAAAUGAGCCGAAAAAUAACCGGACAAUGGUGAAUCCGGAACCAAAUAGCAACGGCAGCAAUCCGUGCGUUCAGUCCACCAGAACACCGCUGUUUCAGGGCGCCGAUGCCAGUUACAUAUAG